CCGCCUUGCAAUGGAAUUCACCUCUUUUUCUUGGGAAAUCAAUUCCAUUGAAGAUCCAAGCAUACCACAAGACUUGUGUUUCGACGAUUGCUUCUCCAUCAUCUUCAGUUUCACCAAAGAAUUGAUCCAAAUUACUCAACCCACAAGUCCAACCUCUGACUCUGAGGUUGACUUUUCUUCUACAACUGUGGCCAAUGAAGCGUUCUUGGUUCCUUCCGAUAUCCUGUGUAAUUGCACUCCGUUCACAGACCUCAAUGGAGAAAACACCGCAUUCUUACAUGACGUCUUCUCCUCAUUGCCUGUAUCCCAUCAGAUCUUGGACCAAAUUUUACCUGCAAUGGGCGAAACCGCAAGAACGAUUCGAAGCCAUGAAGGUUGUGACUCCGGCAUGCCGGAGAUUGUUGUGAACCUUUAUGUUACUACGCACAUUGUUGUAGAAGAUUCUGAUUUCUAUAAUGAUGAUCUUCGUCAAAACGUUCCUGAACUAGCACAACUCGUGAAUCUGUUGGAGAGACCCAGAAUUGAUAAGCAAGAUGAUGAUGCUGAACAACAAUGCGCGAUUUGCUUGGAAGAGUUUGGCCAGAGUAUUGAAGAUUCAAGUGUAGAAGUUGUUCGCACAAAUUGCUCGCAUGUUUUCCAUGAAAGCUGCAUAUUCCGUUGGCUCCGGCGUUGUGCCGACCGGCAAUCGCCCUAUUCUUGCCCGUUAUGCCGCUGUAGCAUAUUUCCGACCUCACAGAUGGAUGAGGAAUAGGUUCAUCUUCAGUUCUUCACCAUAAUAUAUUCCACUUAAUUACCAGGCUUACCACUAGAACUUGAAGGAACCUUUCUUUUUUAGUGUUCUGUAGGGUUCUUUAAUUUGUUUUUAAUUAUGUAGCAUCAUUAUCCUAAUUGUUAAGAUGUGAAUAAAUAGUAAUUUUCUUAAGAUAGGAUAAA